CGGGACCGGGCUCCCUCGGCUUUGUGUGUGUGUGUGUCCGUGUGUCCCGCGCAGCCCCGUCGCCGUCGUCCUCCGGCCGCCCCCAGCCCGGGACAUGCCUCGGCCGGGGUCGGCGUGGGCGGCCGCCCUCCUGCUGCUGGCGCUGGCGCUGGGGCCGGGCGGCUGCUCAGAGAUCACCUUCGAGCUGCCCGACAACGCCAAGCAGUGCUUCUACGAGGACAUCACCCAGGGCACCAAGUGCACCCUCGAGUUCCAGGUGAUUACUGGUGGUCAUUAUGAUGUAGAUUGCCGGUUGGAAGAUCCUGAUGGUGUGGUGUUAUACAAAGAAAUGAAGAAACAGUAUGAUAGUUUUACCUUCACUGCAUCCAGAAAUGGAACAUACAAAUUUUGUUUCAGCAAUGAGUUCUCUACUUUCACACACAAAACUGUGUACUUUGACUUUCAAGUUGGAGAAGAUCCACCAUUGUUCCCCAGUGAGAACAGAGUCAGUGCUCUUACACAGAUGGAAUCUGCUUGUGUUUCAAUUCACGAAGCUUUGAAGUCUGUCAUCGACUACCAGACUCAUUUCCGACUAAGAGAAGCUCAAGGACGCAGCCGGGCAGAGGAUCUAAAUACAAGAGUGGCCUAUUGGUCAAUUGGAGAAGCCAUCAUUCUUCUUGUUGUUAGCAUAGGGCAGGUAUUUCUUCUGAAAAGUUUUUUCUCCGAUAAAAGAACCACUACAACUCGUGUUGGAUCAUAACUAGUGUUUUGAGAAUUGAUCCACUCUACAUCUGUAAUGUUGCUGUUUUCCAAUUAAUAGUAGGUACCGAAGAACUUAAUAUUGGCAAUAUUUUAAAAGCCUCUUUACUCCCUUACGUUUGUUGUGGGGAAAAUGCAACAUAUAUCCCUAACCAUGGGAAAGGACACCUUUUUUUUUGAAAAAGUUGAAAAACUUCAAAACUUGUUCGAGGCUUUUCAUGUUAAAUAUCCAACACAAAUGUUCUACCCUUUCCACAGUUGUUUGUAUUCACUCUUAACUUUGUCAUGUUGAUUCUUUUUAAUCAGUAAGACUACUUCUGUCAUAGGGAACUGAUGUUUUAAUUCCUUAGGUUGCUUUAAAGAUAAGUUAUGGAGGAAGAAAAUAGCCCUUUUAAUAGUUUAGGCAUGAAUUUUUGUUUUUUAAACCAGUGUGAUGAACUGUAGGCUAAGCCCUGUACUGCACUUUUGAUUUGUUAUUAAAAAGUCUGCCAUAGUUACAUAAUUUUGGUUCAGUUUUGAGUUGACAUAUCAUGGUACAAAUUGUUAUUCUUCAAUUACCUGUAAAGUACCAGGUUUUAUACUCAUUCUAUAGUUUAUGAAACUAUAAAGGCAGUGAGUGUUUCAGUAAUUGUAGAAUUGAAACCUUAGAGAUUUUGAUUGAAGACACUGAGAGUUUUUAGAGCUAUAGUUAGAAUUUUUGAUUACUGCCACAAACAUCACAAUUUCCAUAUUAGCAUAUUCUUUUGCCUUUGUAAUGACUGGCUUUCUCCAUCUGUGGCUACCUUGAUUUUAGAUAUCAAGUUAUUGUAAUUCUUUGAGCUAUUUAAAAUCUAAUUUGACGUUUUCAUUGUUAGCAUUACACAAUGCUGUACAUUUAGUCAGUGUUAGGCAAUUAUACUUUUUUCCCCUUGAACUUAGAACUUGGAGCCACAGUUGUUUAUAUUUGAUUAUUGGUCGUGAAACAGUGACAGAAAAGGUUCAAAGUGUUUUAUGUGUUAUUUUUUCAUCCCAGUAAGUGGUUUGCAUUGGUUUCAACUUUAAUAGAUGCUGUAUUACAUACUUUUAUUGAGCUACCAAGGGCAUUUUUUUCUUUGAAACAGGAAAAUAUCCUUAUUUUGUGUAAAUCAAAACUCUAAGUUUGUUCUGUCCUAGAAUAGGAUCAUUUUACUAUGUCUAUAAUGCUAAGCCAAAAGUUCUACAAGUAAUAGUUAAAGCAUUUUUCUGAUGUUAAAAAAAGUUGUUUGUUCCCCUGUGGCUCUGUGUGAGAAUGAGUGCUGUAUCAGAAAUGUAAUUGUUGAAUCCCUGUGGCAUCUGAUACUAAAGAGUACUAAUUGAACAGCAUUUCUAGUCAAUUACUUAACAUCACUGACCAGAAAUUGUCAGUUCUUAAUUCUGAGAGCUUUUUUAAUACAAACACAUUUCCAGCAAGUUUUUCUUUUUUUCUAAGAGAGGAAAAAGUUGCUGUUGUGGUUAACUUUAAGUACCACAACAUAGCAAAAGCAUUUGCAAAGUGAGUCUUGCAUGAUUUAAAUCCUUAAAGUUAAGAUUUUUCAAGGCAAAACAGAAUUGCACAUAACAAGCUUUGGACAAAGAUCUGAAGUUGUAGAUUUCUUUCAUGAGAAGUGUGGUGCAGAUAUUUAGACUUGAUUUGGAUUUGAUUUCAACUUAGUGAAUAUCCUAUGCAUGAUAUUAAUGCAAUUGACACAAAAGCAUAGGUGUACUUUAAUAGGUCCUUUUCAUAUUGCUACUCUGCUCUGUUCUG